AUGUUUAUUUAUACUCCUCUUCGUCGCGAUAUCUUGGAGAUCAGGCUUGUCCGUAUUUUAAGCGCUGGAGAAUCCACAAGCGAUAUCUCGCUUGAGCUACGCCAUGCUUUCAUCGACGAAAUCAGCUUCUCUGCGCUAUCGUACGUCUGGGGCGACGUCAAAAAUUCGAUUGAAUUAUCUAUAAAUGACUCUCCAUGCAUGAUUGGCCACAAUUUGUUUGCGGCUCUGAGACAACUCUUUGUCAAUGGAAGCCAUGGCUGGCUUUGGAUCGAUGCUUUGUGCAUUCAGCAGUCGGACCAAGAGGAGAAGACUGACCAGGUCAAGCAAAUGCGCACCAUCUUCCGCCGUGCGGAACAUGUAUAUUCAUGGCUAGGUCCUGGAAAGUCUUCUACAGACAAAGCAAUGGAGUUUGCAUCUCGGAUAGGGCCUCGGGCACUGUCUUUUGGGAACGAUCCCUCAGAUUUCGAUAUUCCGCUGGAAGAGCUACGAAACUACUUCAAUCGCGACAAAGACUUGUGUGAAACAGAAACCCCUCCAAAAUAUGAUACAAAAAAGAAAAUAGAUUUGGCCAUGUUUAUCUACGACAUCUUUUAUUGGCCAGAACUCAACAGCCAUACAUCCACUCAAGGGGAAGAUGGCGAUGAUCUUGUCGCUGGUAUUCAAUGCUUAAUGAAGCGAGAAUACUGGCAGCGAAUAUGGAUUAACCAAGAGAUUGCUCUCGCACAAGAAGUCACUCUUAUGUGUGGCACGAAGAGCGUAUUGCUGGACCACUUCGAAGCGACUUUCAGCGCAGUGGAUCUGUGCAAUCGUUUACAUCGCUACAUAAACUCAGAGACCCAACAAUUUGCCAAGGGGCUGCAUCCCAAUUUUUGGGUAAAUUUACCUCUUGAGACUCGUCGGCGAUCCAGGAGUGAAAUCAGCGUACCUUUGUCAUGCUUAUUAUACACGGACGUCGUUCCUUCAGACUGCCCUUUAUUCGCUGCUUCUGAUCCUCGAGAUCUAGUUUUCGGACUACUUGGCAUCAUUACCGACAACAAUGUUUUAAGAUUACGUGUUGACUAUCAGCUGACAAAGGCUGAAGUCUUCACUGCCGCGACAAGAGCAAUGAUAUCCAAAGGCGAUAAGGACAAGAACUCGUAUCAUCUUGACCGUUGUGUACCAAGAGAAGACAAUAUACCAAGUACACUGCCAAGUUGGGUUCCUGACUGGCAAGAAAUAGGCAAAGUAGGGUCUAAUGAGCCCGAGAUAAAUCGUGAUGGGUAUUUUGAUGCUACCAGCACAAUUCCCAUUCCAAUACUGCCUAGCAACGAGAAUGAUGAUUCUCUUGGAAUCCUUCAUCGCGCCGGGUGUCGCGUUGAUAUCAUCACCGAGAUUCUACAACCGCACAGGCCUCUUGUUAAGGAUAUGAUGCAGAAUGUAGAAGAAUGGCUCUCGGGAAUUAUGGAAUUCUUUAGGUUAGGACCUGUCGCCAGCCCAGGAGAGGACUACAUAUGGCGAACUGUCUUGUCUCAAGGAUGGUACGACAAAAUCAACCCUUCUAUUGACGAGGACAUUGCCAUGCUGGUGCGUUUAAUCAUGCGCGGACAGAAUAUUGAUGUUAAAGUCUUGGAAUCUGCCCAAAAAGAAUUUCUCGACAAUUUGGAGGAUCCACAUGUGAAGCAACGAAAUUUAGUUGUUCAACUUGAUCAGCACGUGUAUGCCACAAAGAUGAUUAAGAUGCUCCAAAUGAGAGGUUAUAACCUGAGAAGGACGAUAUUUAGGACAAGAAAGGGUAUGCUUGGCCUUGGUCAUUUGGCCAUCAAACCUGGAGAUGUGGUAACAUUGCUCUGGGGGUUGCCAUCCCCCAUCAUCUUGCGGCCGCGAAACGAUGGGGGUGAUAGCUUUACAUUUGGAGGGGAUGCUUAUGUCGACCAGAUUAUGCAUGGGGAGUUCCUGCAAACGAAUCCUACUCACGAAAUAUUCACAAUGUACUGA